CAUAUUUGUUGACAAAGUAUAGAUUUUUUUUUUGCACGUACGCUUAACUGAAUAGCUCAUUUAGGACUGAAAGGAAGAAAAGGGCAUAUAUAUAUAUAUAUUGUUUUGUUAACGUGUGAUUGCUAACAAAGAUGACAGACAAAAAUUUGUCAGCCGUUCUUCAUGGAAAGGAAGAUCUUCAGUUGGAAGACAUGAAUAUUCCAGAGCCUGGACCAGGGGAGGUUCAGGUGAGAAUGCAGCAUGUAGGGAUAUGUGGCACAGAUUUACAUUUAUACCAGACAGGGAUGUUAGGAAGCAAAAGUGUUAAAGAACCCAUGCCUAUCGGUCAUGAAUCAGCCGGUGUCAUCAGCAAGCUGGGGGAAGGUGUUAGUUCUGUUAAAGUUGGUGAUAGGGUAGCUCUGGAACCUGUAUUUGGGUGUAUGGCGUGUCAAGUCUGUAAGAAAGGGGACUACAAUCUCUGCAAAGAUGUGAAAGUAUGUGGUGUACCACCGAAAUGGGGAAGCAUGACAAGAUAUUUUAUACACAGAGCUGCUGAUUGCUAUAAGCUACCAGAUCACGUGACUACUGAAGAAGGUGCCUUGAUGGAACCACUUACUAUUGCUAUCCAUUCCUGUCGCCGUGCUGGCGUGUGUCUUGGUAGCAAAGUCCUUGUUCUUGGUGACGGACCAAUAAGUAUAAUGGUUGUACUGGCAGCCAAAGCAAGUGGUGCCACAAAGAUCUGUGUUACAGGUAAGCAUGAUAACCGCCUAAAUGUAGCUAAACAAGUUGGAGCACAUUUCUGUGUUAAUGUUGCAUCAAAGGAACCGAAGGAGGCGGCAGACAUGGUGACCAACGCUUUGGGAGAGAUGUAUGACUGUUCUAUAGAUUGUAUUGGUGCAGAAAUUAGUAUUCAUACCGCUUUUCUAGCAACACGUAGUGGGGGAAAUGUGGUCCUUGCCGGACUUAGACAAAACACCAUUACCAUUCCCAUCCUUGCCGCUGUCGGAAGAGAAGUUGACAUCCGUGGAGUAAUGGUUAAUGCACACUGUUACCCUAUCGCACUUGAUAUGGUUGCUUCAGGUCAAGUAAACAUAAAACCACUGGUAUCGCAUGUAUUCCCUUUAGAAAAGGUUAAUGAGGCAUUCGAAAAGGCAGCGACAAAAGAUUGCAUGAAAGUGAUGAUCAAGUGUUCCAAGAACUAAUCAUCAUUCAUAUUCAUGACUAAAUGAUAGAUCGAUAUAGAUAUAUAUUACAAAGUUGCUUAACUUCAAGUUUUAAAUCGCCACUAUGUAGAUUACUAUAACUUUGGGCAAGAUCAGUUAAACUAGAAUGUAUUUAUCAUAUCACAAAUUGUUCUUUUGACAAGUUUCUAUCGUCAGCAUAUACGGAGGAAAAGAUGACACUGCGGUACUGGCAUGAUUACGUCGUAACUUUCUAUUGACAUAGAAAAAUGAAAAAAAAUCACCGAGUGAACAACAUAAUAUUAUGCAAUAUGAAAAUGUAAUUUAUGGUGUUCAUGGGUGAAAUAUAUUUCGAACUUACAUGUAAAACAAACAAAUGUGAUUUUAACGGUUUGAACAAUAUUAUACCAAAUUCACCUGCGAAACGUCACGUGCAUUGUGUCAUGACGAUAUAUUGUCAAAGAGUUCUAUGAAGUUUUCAGAUUUCUUGUACAAUUUAUAUUUGUGGUGCGUAUAUCUUUAUGUUCCUGUAGUAUUUAUAUGCAUAUCCGUAUAUUUACUUAAAUAUAGCUUGCAAAGAAGUU